AAGUAGAUGCUGUUAUUUGAAUCCUUUAAAGAGGAAGUGAAAGCAUCUUCAUUUUACUUAGGAGUCUGGUGCUUGUUUUUUCAGCAUUUUUCAAAUCGGUAUCCAAAACUAUAUAAUCAAAUUUGUUUUUUCACUAAUAGUCACAGGAUUUUAUAAAGGUAGUCAUAAAAACAAGAACCAGGCAUAGAGCUAUUAGGCUUAUUUGCUGCUGUACUCUUAUAUAGGAUGUUAACCUAGAAGUGCAGAUGUAAGCAUAUUCAGUAUAGUUUUAUGGGGAGGGGUAAUCCGAAAUCUUAUGAAAACAAGUGAUUGACGUUGAUAAAAUUUCUCUAUCCAACAUCAGCCUCAAAUCUUUCAUUUGCAUAUUAGAAGAUGAAUAACGCAUGAUCUUGAGGACAAUGUUCCACAGACAUACAAUAGUGGCUGUCACCCUAGUUCAGUUUCAUAUUGCUCAAGCAUUUCAAGUUCUUUGGUUUGAAUAUCUUAAGAUUAUAGAGAAUCCUUAGGAGCUAUGGGAAAGUUGCAUGCAGAAUCCUUAGGUGUCAUGCAGAAUUGGCAUGCAUAAUUUCUUUUAUAUUUUUAAUGAAAUGAUUUGACACAAUAUUGAUUUUUUCAAUGUUGAAUAUUCAGAUUGGUGGAGUGAAAAGCGUAACAUUAGGUGAUGAAGAAGCCCGAGUAAGAAAUAGCAAAAAAAUCAUCUUUGAGAGAGUGGCUUCUCCCACAUUUCCUUUUUUGGUUGAGGUUAGGGAGCGGGACUAUUGGGCCAUACAUCGGACAGGAAGGAGUGUGGAUGCUUUGCUUCGUGGGAGGAAAUCGUUUGUUGAGAUUAGGAAAAGAGAUAAAGACAUGAAAAUCAUGAUUGAAAGAUGGAAGAUGGAAGCCUGAAUUGUCACUUUGGGAACUGGUAAUAUCAGUUUGAUCCUGUCAGCAGCUUGCACAGAGCUUCUUGAAUGUGAGAUUCUAACAUAGUUCUUGACGAAUGGAGGCUUUUACUGGUUUUUUGUUGCAUAUGAAGGAUGAUUGAUGUUGUAAAGCUUUGCAUAAGGUAGGUGGUGAGAUUUUUAAUGAUCCUAGAAUCCCGUCAAGAAGCUUAUUGGGUGACUUGGGAUCUCUAACCAACUCCGACUUUUAUCUUUCAAAUCCAUUGCAUGAGAUCUUACCAGAGAUCCUAGAAAAUUCAAUGAGAUCAGUAACUUUCAUAUCGA